UUAGACUAUUGGAAGUCUAAUGCCGCUAGAUUCCCUGUAUUAGCUUUAAUAGCUAGGAAAUAUUUAGGAAUUCCGGCUUCCUCGGUAGCUAGUAAGAGGUUUUUUUCUCAGGGUGCUCUUAUUAUGUCUAAACUACGUAAUAGACUUAAUAAGAGUACCUUUGAGAUAAUAUCUUGCUUAAAAAGCUGGGGGUUAUUUCAAGAUGAAUUAGAAGAGGCUAAAAAAGAAGAGAAAAGGAGUGAGAAAAAGGAGAAAAACCAAGAUUCUGGGAAGGAUAAUCAGUUUAUUAUUAUAGAAAAUUGA